CAUCUUUAUUGAAUGAGAGGAGAGAGACUAUUUCUUUUUUUAAAUUUGGAAAAACUUCGUAGGACCUCUGCGUUUUCGUAACAAAAGUAAUUAAUUAGUAGUUAAACUAAAGAAAAUUGUGUUGUGAUACUAAAAUGAUAUUAAUUUAGAAUUCAUAGUGAUUGUGACGCUAUACGCUUUUGUGUCGGUGAUGUAAUUUAGGUGAUUGGGUGGCUUCCUAGUCCUACCUCUACAAUGGAGGAAUCCUCGUUUACGAUACCCGCCGACGACAAUGGUGAUACUGAGCUCGAUCCUAGAAUACAGGUGGAGUUGGAGAAGCUGAACGCGGCCACAGAUGAGAUAAACAAGCUGGAGCUCGAGUUGGACGAGUCUAUGAAAACUUUCCACCUGCUUUUGAAUGAGACGUCGCGGCGACUGCAGGCGCUGACCAAGCGUCUGGGGACGUGCGUGGACAAGUCCCGCCCGUACUACGACGCAGUGGCGGUGGCUGCCACCGCGCGGUCAGAGUGCCAGAAGGCUGCGGUACAGUUCCAGAGAGCUAGCGAACUGCACGCGGCGGCAAAGGAGACGGUGACACUCGCCGAGCAGCGCUUCGUGAGCAAACAGGACGAGUGGCAGUUCGACAGCAACUGGCAGGAGGUGCUCAACCAUGCCAUCAUUAAGGUUAUGGACGCUGAAAAAAGAAAAGCUGAGAGUGGACGAGAACAUCAGAAGAAAGCGGCAGCGUAUAUCACGGCAGAAAGAAAGGUAACCCAAUUAGAAGAAAACCUGAAGCGAAAUAUCAUCAAAUCGCGCCUGUACUUUGAAGAGAAGAAGCUCUGCGACGAACAGUUGCAAACGCAAAACGAGAAGAUUGAGAAGUUGCAGCGCCUCAUAGCCGACGCUAAGGGCCGCUACUCCAAGUCGUUGAAGGCUCUCGAGGAAAUCUCCGAAGAGAUUCAUCGUCGAAGGGGAGAAUACCCACCUGGCAAAGAUGCGAUACCAGUGGGACCUCGCGAGCCAGGAGUCGGAGCUGAACAUGACCCUGUCCAUGACGAGAACGAUGCUAAAGCAGCAGAGAACGACGACGAAUGCAGUCUGCAGGAACUGAGAAUGCGCGUGCGAGAGUUAGCCCUCAAACCGAUCGACCGAAAAGACGUGGAAACCGACGAGGCGUGGGCCCUGGAGCUGAACGAAACCAUAAACAAACUAGACCAGUUGCUGAUGAUGAAGGAGAACAAUCAGCAGAAGAGGUCAAAAUUCACAGAAAGUUCUCCGAGAAAUUCCAGCGCUCCGUCGACCAGCACAAACACUGGUAAGCACGCGUCACCUCCAAGCGAUACGUGGAACACGGAACCCAACUUAACCAAAACGAAAUCUAAAAGCAGGGAAGUUUUAUUCGAUGCCACUAAUCCUCCCAUCGCGAAGACUGAGAAAUCAAAAAGCAUGAUGUCUUUGGACGUUCUUGCUCUGGCGAGGGACACGGCUGUCAUGGACAGAGAAUCGUAUUUGAAAGCUGUUAUUGAGGACAAAUCCCCGACUGGCACGUACACCGAAAGCAUUUCUGACAGAAACGAGAGUCCCGACGACAUACUGAUGGUAGAAUGUGACUCAAGCGACUCCACGCAAAACCCCGUCAUCAGAAUGACCAGCUCCACUAUUACUGAUAGCGAUAAUAGCUAAAUUGCGUCCCA